GCGACAACAAGGAAGUGAAACUGCUAAUGAUAGAAAGAUGUUCAGUCGUUGAGUCCCGUUAACUUUUCACCGUUUUGACCUCGGAGCGAUCAGAAAGUACCGUUUGUUGGACCAACGACACCCGACACGGAGUCGAAAAUGCAGACUGUACGAAAACGUCGAGGCAACGAUUCACAGACGAAUAGCACUCCUGGUGUUCUGAAGGAAAAUGUGCAACAGAAGAAAAGGCAGCACUUCCACUUCGACCUGUGGCUCUGUCUGACUCUGCAGAACUGGAUACUAGACUUUGGAAGGCCUAUCGUUAUGAUCAUCCUUCCUCUGGAGUGGUUUCCCCUGAACAAGCCCAGUGCUGGAGACUAUUUCCACAUGGCCUACAAUGUCAUAACACCAUUCCUAAUGCUCAAGCUCAUUGAACGGAGUCCCACGGCGCUGUCUCGCACCGCCGUCUACCUCUGCAUUAUCACUUUCGUCAUGGGAGCCAGCAUCCACCUGGUUGGAGACUCCAUCAACCACCGGCUCAUCCUGAGCGGCUACCAGCUCCACCUGUCAGUCAGAGAGAACCCCAUCAUCAAAGACCUGAAACCUGCUUCUCUGAUCGACUCCUUUGAGCUGCUGUAUUAUUAUGACGAACAGCUGGGACACCUAAUGUGGUAUAUUCCCUUCUUCAUCAUUCUGUUCAUCUACUUCAGUGGCUGCUUCUCCCCUGCUAAAGAACAAAAGAAGAUUCCCGUCUCUGGUUGGCUGUUGCUGGGACCCAGCGCUCUCUACUAUUGGUACUUGGUCACCGAAGGACAAAUCACUGAACUUUUCCUCUUCACCUUCCUCGCCAUGGUUGCCAUGGUGAUAUAUCAGCAACGUAAAGGCCUCGGCCCCGACAGUAACGGCCAGUUCCUGUUCUACAGUUUCAGUGUCACGGUGCUCCUAGUGGCUGUGUGGGUGGCCUAUCUGUGGAGCGACCCGGUGCUACGCAACAAGUACCCCGGACUCAUUUAUGUGCCAGAACCCUGGUCCUACUACACGCUACACAUCAAGAAGAGCCACUGAACGCCCUGCCAAGGUCCUCUCUGUUCUGUUUUUCUCUGUUGUACUUUCUCACAAAGCAGAUUUCCUGCAGCUAAGACGGUGGCUGCACUCUGACAACAACAGAGAUCAAUGAAACUUGUUGAUGCAGUUAAACUCAAGGAUCUGCCGGCUUCAGAGGGAAAUGUGUCUUCUCUUUGUGUUUCUAUAUUGAUGAUGGCCUUCUUUGAGUUUGAUUUUGCACUUGCAGUCAGAUU